CAAUGUUUUGUUUUGUCGUGUGGUGACUUCAACGAUGCCAGCAACGAACUCGCUCUCCACGCCGCGAUUUCGGACGUUUUCCGUGCGCUUGGCGUCGGCUUGGAGCUUCUCGAGGAGCUUCUUCUGCUUGUCGCCGCCACGCGGAGAGUGACGGUUGCAUUCGAACGAGAGCGAAAGGAAUAUGUAGUAACGAAACCGAAAACAGCAGUAGAAAGACAGCUGAAAUCUAUGGUUUUAUAAAAUUAAGAGGCGAUGCUAAUAAUUACGUUAUUUGAAGAAUAAACCUGUUGCGAUUAACACGCGGCGAGGCUUGUCGUGCGCGCGCCUGCAUAGUUUGGAUCUUGACGGAUAAUACAUCGUUCGGACAUUGUUCGUUUGUUGCCUUUCUUUGUUUGCGUGGGAUCGCAUAUCCUCAAAUUGUUGGUGCGCUAGAACCGGUGUCGUUUUCCCAUCGUUGGAGUGAUGUGAUUUAUGGUACACUGAUUAUUAUCCGUGGGAAUUAAUGCUGCCGCCAGUGAGUGUGAUUGUAUCAUCGCAGUGAGAUUCGAGUGGAUAAUGUGCUGAUGUUGAAAGUGACGGUCUUAUCUACGAGAGGGAUAUUUGCUCUGCAGGUGGAAUCUGAUGGAUGAAGCGCUUGGGAUAAGGGAUUAAGCUGAAAGUGAAAGAUUUUCCUAGUCUGGUAGUGAGUGGAUAUUUACAAUCUACCAAUUUUCUAGCGCAAUUUUGCCCCUUUCAACUUCAACCGACAAAUGGUUGGCACUGGAAAGCAGCUGGGGUAGUUUCACUCGUCACCGCGGAGUAGUUCGUGUUCGCUUGUGAUCUAGAUUCUAGUGGCGGUUACGACGGACCUGCCGAUGUUACUGCCGAUAUUGGCAACUAGUGUUACAACAAAAGUUUGUGUUGAGAAGAGACACGUUUCUGGAAAAUAAUAUCGGAAAGCGAAUCUGGAGCUGUGAAGGAUACCAAAGAGCUCAUAUCGGCCGCCCCUAAUCAAUAAACAAAAUGAAGCAUUUUCUGUACAUCAUGCUGAUUUCGAUCCUGCUCAGCAAGCACUACGGAUUGACACACGUGAUAAGGGUAAAAAGAGACGGAGUUGUAAAACGACAACUUUUCCGCGAGCAAGUUCUUCCCCACACCGGUGGCAAGAUUCCGGAUUCGGCAUUCCACACGGAUCGAUUAGCGCUGAAUCGCCUACAGCAGGAUGGAAUCGCUAUUCCGGAUGGAAUUCUGCUCCAGCAGAGGAUACCCCAGGUUUAUCCACAUCCGCAGAGAGGCGCGAGGCCAACCAUCCCGGUGACCCAAACCGACGAUGGACGGUACACUUCGCCCGAGGGUGAAUACAACCCAAACCACAUUGCCACGGUCGAAACCACUUAUGCCGUCCCGACGCAGUACGAGAAGUCGAUAUUCGACGCCCGUCCCGCACUGCCGACAUAUAAGGAAGUUCGCAUACCAAACUAUUCGGUGUUCAAUUUCGCUUACAGCAGCUUGAAGCACAGACCAAAACCAUCGACGGCGGCUAUCGUGUCGGCAUAUACGCCUCAGGGCAACCGGCGGCCAACGUCGCAACCAAACCGUUUUGCGUCGCCCCAAAGCUUUGUCAAUAGUCACACAGCCUUCGGUAAUCAGUUGAGUUACCAGCAUCCGGGCUAUGUUUAUGGCGUCGGUUUGAACGGAGCAUACCCUUCCGACGUGUCUCAUCUGGGGCUCGAAGCUUUAGCGAACCCACUUAACUUCGAGGCACUUUUCGGCGAUGCCACCAGCAUCAAGCAACGAUACUACCGGAAGGUGGAUGACGCACAAAGUCCUGCCGAGGCGGGGAGCAUUCGCUCAUCGCGAAUGGCCUCCUCCUUCACCCAGCAAUCACUUGCCAAAGGCCAGAUACCAUUAUCAUCCUCACCAACCUACACGACGAUUAUCAUGCUGCGCGUCACAAUCGCCACAGUCGUGGGGCUGCUGUGCGUGGUCCAGUGCGUCAAGGUCGACUACUAUGGGUCGCUGUAUCAGAAGGAUGAACUACAUGCGCCCUACAAGAGUGCCAAGGAACCGAAACAGGAUUUUAGCAAGAUCCCCGGCCAACCUGGAGUAGACUAUCCGAUCUAUCACGAGGUUCCCCACACCAGCUUCAGUUGUGCCCACGUUCCGGCGAUUCCAGGCAUGUACGCUAACGUUGAGACCGGUUGCCAGGCGUAUCACACCUGUCACGAUGGCCGCGAGGGACAUCAGGGUGCCUCGUUCCUGUGCACCAACGGUACCAUCUUCAAUCAGAAGGAAUUCGCCUGCGAUUGGUGGUACAAUGUUAAGUGCGAGGAAGCACCUAGCCUAUACAGCUUGAAUGCCGAUCCGGAGCACAAUCCCUUCGUGCCCAAGAAGAAGCUCGAGGAGGAACCACAUCACAAGAAGUUCCUGAUCCAUGUCUAAUGGCCUGGCCGAAAGUUUAUCAUUCAAAAACCACCACCAUCUGUUUUUUUGUGUUUGUUAAGUUUGUGCAAAGCUUUUGUUUCAUCUGUAGAUUACCAUCGUUGUUUUCGCUCUCUUUCCAUAUUUCAACGACGUCUGUUGUAAAUAUUUAGCUCUUGCCAUUAUAAUCAUUCCCCGGUAGCCAAGAAUAAAAAGGAUGAAAACG